AUGAAAUCAAAGGAUGUUUUGUUGGUCCAUCUGGUGCCCCCUUGUGAGGACCCGUCCAGCAUCGCCGUGCAUCACGACGCGGGUGCCAUGGACCCCACUCGCGGCCCUUCCUCGGGGGCCGCCCAACGCGGCAUCGGCACGCCCAGCCUCGAGUAUGAGGCGGUUAUCUGCGCGCAGCUUCGUCGGCUUAUUGAAAACAGCCAGGCCUCAUUCCGGCACUCGAUGAGUCUCUGGUAUAUUAUUCUCCGCAGUGCGCUAUUUAAGCAGGAAAAAGCGAUAUGGGUGGCGUGCGCCAUGCUUAUUAUUUCUUGUGGGCUGCAUUCCUUUGCACGGGUUGUGAUCUGUACGUGCCUAUUCAUCGUGGUCUACGCUAUUUAUGUGCUGCUCCAGGGGUAUCUCUUUUGGAUGCGCCUGACCGAAGUAAAGUACCGCACGACAAACGUCAUGGCGGAAGUGAUCCACCGAUGGACAUCACGCAUCGGCUCGGCGAAACAACCCAGUCAAACCGCACAGGAACGGCGUCUUUUGUCCAUUGAGUGCUUUGCGCAUCUCAAUUUGAAGGCAUUUCGAAUGGUCGCCAUCGUGGACUCUCGCACCCAGCGUCUUAAGCACAUCCAGAAAUGCCUUAUGGUAAAAGGGGCCCGGCGUCUGGAUGAGGCGACACUUCGAGCACGUCGCUAUGUGGAGCCGGUCGGAAUCUGCAAACUCGUUGACGUGAUGAGGGUCGCGCUGGAAAAUAACGCGAUCGUGCUCAAAUCCCUUGCGGACAAGUGUAAACCACCGCGAUUGCCUAACUUAUUUAUCUCCGCAUCGGAGUUCAUUGAGGACGAGUCCACCACCGACGAAAGUGACGGGGAGAACGAUUCACGUACCCCCGCGUUCGACGGGAGCGGUAGGGUUUCCACAUCCGCUUCCCGGCAGAUGGAGUACUUUAUCCAUCGUGUGAUGCUCCUUUUCUGGAUUGCUGGUAUGCUCGCUACGGUCGGUGCGGGUUUUUUUCGUUAUUCCAUCGGAAAGACCACCCUUUACGAAGGUAUCUUUCUGUACCCCCCUAUUGCUCUACUGGGGCUUCUCCCCGUUAAUGCCAUUAUGCUUAAUCGAUUUCUCGUACUUUAUGCGAACAUUUUUCUGGACAAGCUCUUCCAUUUGUUGGUGUCGAAGCGCACGCAUUCUCUGGACGACCGUUUACCGCGCUUUUCAUUCUGGUCCACAUUGUAUAUGGCGCUGCGGGUUUUUUUCAGGGUCGAGCCGAAGUGCGGUGGCCGCAAUCCUCUUGUUUUCUCCAUUUCUCUUGUGGAUACGCUGGCGAUGGCCUCCGUCAUCGCGAUAUUGGAUCAGGAGGGGAUUGUAACGGAUAUGGUGCCGCUCCCUGUUGAAGUUCUGAUGUUAAAACCACCCCCCGAAGCGGCCAGCUCCUCGAGUGAUAGCGAGGACAAUAUCAUGGACUGCCUUACGGGGUGCGAGGAGGUCAAGGUGAGAGAGCGGCGGCGUAAUAUGAAGAAGCAGGUCAAGCGGAACAAAUUUCAGGCUAAGCGUCUCGCCACUUUGCGCUUCACUCAGAGCGCGAAGGAGGACCUCGCGGUGGAGUUCGCCGAUGGGAAGGAUUCCCAGAAGUACCAAAUGCAUGUCCGCCCGAUAUGUCUUGGGAUUCUCGUGCACGCCUUGGCCAAGCCUUCCAUGAGCUUGGAGACGUGGACGGAGCCGUUUCGCUUUGUGGACCGUUCGUUGCGCUGGAGUCGCGCGAUGCACUGGAUCCCGCGCGCGUACGGGUUCUCCGACAGCGUCGCGGACGGGUUUUUAGUCAUCGCCCGCAUUUUCACCAUCGCGACCUCGGGGAGCGCGGGCUACCACGAUCGGACCCCGGAGCAGGCCUGUUCGCUCCUGCUCGAGGACGGCGACCGCAUUCUGCACGUUUUCACCCUCGGCACGCCGCACCUGGUCACGAAGCACUGCACGACGUACUGGACCGGCACGACGGUGGAGGCCUUUCACGAGGAGGAAAAGGCCGAGGUCCUGCACACCGGCAAGCACCAUUGGGAGGACCGGAUGUGCUACGAGACCGUCGCCCUCGCCCACCGGGUGCUGCCGGAGCGCUACCGGUCCUUCGUCAACACCCUACCGCGCGACCCACGACGCUACCAUGAGUACUUUUUCUGCGAUGGCGAGGAGGUGAACUGCGACUCGUGGAAGAAAGCCCAGGCCGAGCGGGCUGCCUCCCACCCGAAAGGCGGGGGGAAGGGCUCCGAAAAGGAGGCGGGCCCCACAAAGGGCCAUAACCACCCCAGUAAGGUACUCUACGAUAUCAUGGAGGGCAGCUGUGGGCAUCGGGAUGACGACAUCCGGCCUGCUCGCCGCGGCAACGGGCAAGGUGCGCGGCAUUACCGCAGUGGGAGCUUUUCAGCAUUGACACUGCCUUUACGCUAUAGCGCGCCGCGCCUGAUGCCGCAGCGGUCGUUGUCCUUCGGCGAUCAACCCAGCAAGAAGGCAGGGGCCUUGGAGGAAGACGACUGCCUGACGACCAAAACUUUUAUUCGCCUCAUGGCCACGAAUUCACACACCUUCCUCGGCCUUGUCGCGCUGAGGGACUCGGUGCGGCCUAACGUUCAGACCUCGAUGGCGAUGCUUGACGAGGCCGGUGUGCGGUGCAUGUACUUCGUGGUAGGGAACAAGUGUCGGGCGCACAGCUUCGGCUCUCGUGUGGGAUUGGAGACGGACUGGAACUGCUGUAUUUCUCUGAAAAGUGAUGCCGUCGCGCUGGACCCCUACAGUAUUCGCGCCCAACUGCCCUUUGGCAUCAAGUCCAUCCGAAAGCACAUUCUCCACGUCGACCCUAUUCCACUGCAGGUGAAUUUGUUUUCCCAUGCCCACGGCGUCGCGACGCGGGCGAUGCUUUCCAUCCUGCAGGACAAUCACGAGGUCGUGAUCGCGGUGGGCUCUGUUUUUAAUCACAGCAACAUCCGGAGCUUCACACAGGCCGAUCUGGCUGUCGGCGUUCUCCCCACACGGCGCGGAGUGAAUGCAGACAAGGAGCACGUUCUCAAGCACAGCCGGAUUGUUGAGCCGUCUGAUUUUUCCGCCACCAACGCCCUCAACCGCGACCUUCCGCUCUAUCGCAAUAUCGCGGAGUUGUUUGGAUGCGCUUGUACGCUGCGCUCGCCGCCGACGACGUCGGUCUUAUCCAUCUUGGUGACCUUGGUCCGUCAGGCGCGGAUUCAGCUCAGCGGCAUCAACAACUGCGUUGAGUUUAUCCUACACACCAACCUUUUCGUGGUGAUGGUCAACACUCUCACACUGCUGGUGGGUGGGUUUCUUCUGUUGGAUCCGAUUGUCGUUAUCGUUGAGCUUAACCUCAUCCUACCCAUUCUGGCCCUGGCUCUCACCCACACGGCGCACUCCAGCGUGGAUAUCAUGAAGAUCAUGCCCUCCCGCGCGAACUAUUUCAUCCGUCUUGCCAUUUGCCGGCACGGCGUGGUGGUGUGGGGGUUGCGCUAUUUCCCGUCCGUGCUGGGGAUCUUCACGCUGGGUUUUACGGCGGCCCAGGGCCUCUGCGGGGCCGACGUCCAGGGGCUUUCCCAGCGCACCAGUGAGGACUGCAUGCACGCCGCCCGGGGCUACGUCUGCUGGACGCUGAACUACUGGAUCAUCCUGCACGGCUGGACGCACCUCAGCCGGUAUCACCCCAUUACACUGGGCUUACCGCACCAGCUCUGUCAUGGUAGACCGUCGGCUCGCCACCAGCUCGCGCGCUUUUUAAAGGCAAGCGCCCUUGUGGUGGGGUUGACGAUGGGGCUCGUCCUGGUGAACACCCCGAGGUCGGCCCUCGGGGCCGCGUUUGUCCCGUCAACCCUGCACACCAUCGCCUCGCUUUUUUUUCCCGUCGUCUUCCUGGCCUUGGAUCUACCCAUCAAGCGGUGGCGCGCGCGAAGGUUCUCUCUCAUGCAGAAAUUCCGAAAGCUCAGCUUUGGGACCCGCCUCGGCAUGCAUUCCCCGCGUGGGGAUUACGAGCCGGAGGGGAUGAUCCAUGGCGGCGUCGCCGCCUCCCACCACACGGGGAAUGAAUGGGCGGAGGGUGGCGGCGGCGACGAGGCAGUGCGGAUUCCACUUCGCAAGCGCUUCACCGAGGCGUUUUAUCGCUACGUGACGAUUCAAGGCGGUAAGUUGGAGUUGAAUUGCGUCUGCUGCGAUCACAUCGGGGGGAACUACGCGUCAUAUUUGAAUCCUACAAACGCAUGA